AUGGUGGAGAGGAGCCAGUUGGUUCUUCAGGAGUCCACCUCCCAACAUCCUCCCAAUACUCCGCUCGAGUCUGUGGAUCCUUCACAAGAUACAGGGUUUCAGAUCUUGACGGAGACGUUGAAUCAGACUUUCGGGAGGAGGCCAGGGACAUAUUAUCGAGGGAUGGGGAAUGCCCAACGGUGGGAACCUAGACCCCGUUCAUCGUCGCAGUCAAACGAGUUGACUGCUUUGAUAGCGACGGUCAGAUGUCUAAGCUUCUAG